CAAACUUUUCUAAGAGUUUUCAAACUUCUGCUCGGGCUCAAGUCGCGCGCACGCGAACUCUCCCCUCCUUGACUCCCGAUUUCCGUUUCGUGCUUUGAAACUUUCUUUCACUUGAAGCAUUUUCCACACUCUUAAGUUAUGUGGAUUGCGAAUAGAUGACAGCGCGCGAGGGUUUACAACUGCUUCACACGGGACUGAGUGUAGUUGAUACUAUAGUUUUUUUUUGUGGACUAUCUUUCUUUCUAUAGUGUGUGUAUAUAUAGUACAUAGUGUUUCUUUCAAACGUCCCCAACACUUUCACUUCUACUGGAUAUGGCUGUGCUCAUGUGGGACAUCAUUGUUUCUCUAGCGUUAUUUAUUUCUCCGGCUUUGAUUUCGGCGGAUCAAAGCGGCUUCAGGAAACUGUACGUACUGCAGCCGGGACCGAGCGGUACGGACGGGGUUCACUUAAGCUCAAUUUCAUCGCUCUCGGGAGCUUCGGGACAGCCACACUCCUACAAUGUGGAGCUCAAAGCCAGUUUCAGCGGCCAGGUCCGAAACCGAAGAAUGGGUCACCAACCGAACCCGAGCAUUCCAAUCCGCCAGGACGCGCAGCCUGGCCGACACACAACCAGCCAUCAUAUGCAAGUGUCAGGAGUGAACGUCUGUGGGGGGCAGUGCUGUGUUGGUUGGAGCAAGACCCCAGGAUCUCAGCGCUGCACUAAACGUCUUUCUUCAUCAUCACUACACCAUUCUUGA